GGAGAGAAGAGCCUCUUCCUGCCCCUCAGUCCUCCUCAUAGCAACAAACGGCCGCUUCUGUUUACAAGAAUGACACUGAAUUAGUGCUCGAUUUAAAAUCUGAAACCAUCGUGGAUUUUUCAUGCCUUUUCCAGUUCGUCUUGUUUCUAAGUGAGCGGUUGCAGGACUGGAUCUUUGGCGGAUUGGCGAGUCUUUUGUCUGUUUAUUCAGUCCAACUUCUGCCUCCUCAGACCGGAGGUUUCCUUUCUGCUCUUUCUUGUUCCGACUACAUGGAAUGAAUGACAAAAACAAAGGAGGUUAAUGUCCAAAACUCUGCGUCUCACCUCCUGUUCGCCUCGUCCAAGGAACGGAGAGUCCAUCUCCGACAGAAGAUGGAAAACGGAGGCGGAACAGAUGGUUCGGACAGCGGGCAGUCGCAGCACGCGGUGGCCGGACAGGAGCAUCUGAAUCCCGGGGCGCACACCACCGAGCACCCGGUGAUGGCUCCGGGUGAGAAGAAGAAGAUCAACCGCGCUCCUUCACCGGCUCGACCGAAGGAUGUACCUGGCUGGUCUUUUACUAAAAUCCGCGGAGGUAUAGGGACCCCGACUCUGAGUGUGAAGCCGGGGUCCAUUCAUCUUGGGAGCCGCAUUUCCAGGCGCAGCCCGGUGGGCAACAUGAGUGGGAAAGAUGGGAAAAAUGCGGGGAAGUCUGCGGGGAAAUCCACCGCGUCGCUGAACAAGACAGCCAAAGCGACUAAAAGUACCGGCGGGAGACGGAAGAUAUCCGAUGCGAGCAUCGGUUCGGAAGAUCUAUCCAAGGACUCCGGCUGCGCUGUGGAGAAACUGUCCCCCACGGACAGCAGCUCCGAGCUCUCGGACUGCGCCUCGGAUGAAAACAAACUCUCCACGGACGCCGUGAGCAGCGACGCCGAGUCUCGGAGCAGUCGCGGCGGCGGCCAGGAGGGAGACAUUCCGCUCAGAAAUGGCACACUUGCGGAGAGGAGGACCAGCCAGCCGGCACCCGAGAAAGAAAACAAGGACCGACUGUGUCUGAGCACCGGCGAGGGGAGCGCUUCUCCCGGCGAGGAGCGCUCGGUCACCUCGUUUGACAGCAGGAUGCCGGCUAGCACCUCGUUAGCUUUCUCAGACCUGACGGAGGAGCUCAUGGAUGGCAUGCAAGAGGAGUUUGUCCGGGAGAUAGAGGAGCUGAGAUCCGAAAAUGACUAUCUAAAAGACGAGAUGGAAGAGUUAAGGUCUGAGAUGCUGGAAAUGAGGGACAUGUACAUGGAGGAGGACGUUUAUCAGCUGCAGGACCUCCGACAGCAGCUGGAACAGGCGAACAAGACCUGCCGUAUCCUUCAGUACCGCCUGAGGAAAGCAGAGCGGCGUUCCCUCCGCGUGGCACAAACAGGACAGGUCGAUGGAGAACUCAUCCAGACCCUGGAGCAGGAUGUCAAGGUUGCAAAAGACGUUUCCAUUCGUCUCCACAGUCAGCUGGAAAGUGGGGAGAAGAAAAGAACGCGCUUGGAGGAUGAAAAUGAAGAGCUUCGUGUCCGACUGCAGGACAUGGAGGUCACCAAACAAGUCUUGCAGCAGGAGCUUGACAAGAACUCUCAGAAGAAAAGGGGAGCCAGACCCAACAAGCCUGAGAAGAAGCUCGGCUCACAGGAGGACUGCUCUGAUCUGAAAUGUCAGCUCCACUUCGCCAAGGAGGAGUCCGCGCUGAUGUGCAAGAAGCUCACCAAGCUGGUGAAGGACAGCGAGUCCAUGAAGGAGGAGCUGGCCAAGUACCGGUCCCUGUACGGAGACGUGGACGCCUCCAUCACUGUGGAGGAGGUCGCUGACUCCCCUCACACCCGCGAAGCAGAGGUCAGAGUUCACCUGAAGCUAGUGGAGGAAGAAGCCAAUCUGCUGAGUCGCCGCAUCGUGGAGCUGGAAGUGGAGAACCGAGGCCUGAGGGCCGAAAUGGAUGACAUGAAAGUCCAAGAUGGUCCUCAGGAGCUGUCGGCCGUCACUGGUGGCCCUGGAAGUGGAGCCAUGGUUCUUGGCAGCAGCUCCUCAUCUGAAAAUGUCAUGGAGCUCCAGAGACACCUCCAGUUCGUAGAGGAGGAGGCCGAGCUCCUGAGGAGGUCUCUGAUCGAGAUGGAGGAGCAGAACAAGCUGCUGAUGAAUGAAAUCAACCGCUACAAGUCGGAGAUCCCGCCGCAGACGUCCAACCUCUCAUCCAGUUCGCUGGUGACCCUCACUGACGGGCUUCUCAACGACAGCCCGAUCCGCUCCAUACAGGAGGCGGCGGUGCUCAUCAGUCCGGACCUCCAUCCCAAAGAGGAGGAGCUGCGAGUGGCCAAGCUGCAGAUCGGAGAGCUGAGCGGGAAAGUCAAGAAGCUGCAGUACGAGAACCGGGUGCUCCUGUCCAACCUGCAGCGCUGUGACCUGGCGUCGUACCACGACUCGUCCUCCACGUCAAGACUCACCCUGGAAACCGAUGCUGAGGCUGGAGACUCCGCCGAAUGCCUUCCCAGCAGUCCGCCGCUUCGAAAAGAACCGGUCGGCGGAGAGAACGAUGAGCAGAAGAUGAAGGAGGACAGUGUUGAUGCGACACUAUCCCUGCUGUCUGGGUGCCUGAGGCAGAAGGACCAUGAUGCCUUGCUGGCCAUGAGAGACCAGGCUCGCUUGGUGUCGACCGCGAUCCAGCUCCUGACCUCCCCCGAGUCCACCUGCCUGUCCGCAUCAUCCCUCUACCACAAGGUCUGCAGUAAUGACGCGACAGAGCCCGGCGACUUGGACAAGCCUCCAGCAGCCAACCAGAUCAAUGAACUGUCUGACCUGGCCGACUGGCCACUAGUUGGCGCUCUGACCAGCCGGCUCCAGGCGCUGCACGGCCAGCUGCACAGCUUUGUGGAGUGCAUCGAUUCUCUCGGCACCAAGUCAAACGGAAGAGACCCUCAGGUGGACGGAGCUUUGACCUCGCCCCACCUCCCUGCAGAGGAACCCCGGACGCUGAGCAGGGCUGAGGACAAGCAGCCUGAUUAUAGGGAGCCAGAAACCCAGACUGGAACAGAAGAGAAGGGCCCAGCAGCCAACAGCCAGACUCAAACACAGGAAAGUGGACCACUGGAGCUGGACCGGGAGGACGGACAUGGCGGCCUGGGCGUGCAGUCAGGUGACCUCCAGGUCCAGCUCUGUGAUGACGGCGCCGCCGAGGCUCAGAAGGAGAUGGAGGUCACGCUCCGUCUCACUCAGCUCCAGGAGGAGCAUCAGAAGGCUCUCCUCCUUCGGGACUUCCAGCUGCAGAGUUUGGGCCUCCAGGCUCGACUUCAGCAGAAACUGUGGGGCCAGGAGAGAACCCUGCUCCUGCAGGAGUCUCAGCACCUCAAACAGGCCUUGUUGCUUCUCAGCCUCAAGCUGCGCUGCUUCCUGAAACAGUGGAGGAGGGGCUGCAAGAAGGACUCGGAGUGGAGAGACAUCCUGGAGAUGAACAGCCUGAAAGAUCUUUAUCUCCUGCUGGAGGAGGACAAUCUAAGCCCCGCCCACCAGGUGGAGAAGAAGGCUGCGGCCGACGAAGUACCUCUCAGCCCGACUAUUAAAUCGAGCGCGGUGAGCUCCACCUUGGCCGACCUGAGGGUGGCGCUGCAGGAUCUGAGCGGUGAGCUGCGUCAGGAGCGCCAAGGCUCUCAGGAGCUGACCCAACAGUUCGCCAAGGCCAAGGCCUCGUGGGAAGUGGAGCGGACAGAGCUGAAAAGCCUCAUGUCACAGCUCGAGACCAAACCUGGGAAAACUGGACCGGCGGUGUCUGCUCCUGAUGCACAGGACCCCUCUGACCUGAAGGUCGCCCUGAAGAGGGAGCGGGAGGAGCACCAGCACCUCCUGGCUGACUCCUACGCCGCUGUGAUGGACCUCACCAAGCAGCUGCAGAUCGGAGAGAGAAACUGGGGAAGGGAGAAGCUGGAGCUGCUGGAGAGGUUCAGCCAGGAGAGGGCGCAGUGGGAGCAGAGACUAAGGGAGGCCACGUCCCAACAGACCAAGUCCAAGUCCUCCGCCGACCCGGGUGUCUCUAAUGGAGCUGGGUCACCGAGGGCCCCGUCGACCGAAGACGCCAGCAGAGGAGCCGUGCUGCUGGAGAAGAUCAAGCUUGGAGGGACGUCGGGUCCCGACCGUCGAGAGAGCCGGAGCAGAAACUGGACCACCCUGACAAAUGAUACUCCAGACAUGAAGGACACCAGUAAAACCUGGGAUGGUCCCAGCAACCUGCUGGAACCCGACCUGGAGUCGGUUCUGAGAAGCUACACGGCUCCGGACCGCACUGGCAUCCGCAUGUACUUCAGCCCGCCUGCCGUCCGCCGCAUGGAGCACCAGCGGAGGAGCCAGGACGGGGUGGAAACAGAGGCCAUGAACGGGGUGGUGCCGAUGACGUCAGGCGCUGGGGAGACACUGACAGACGCACCAGAGGUUCUGCAGGAGCCUCCGGUGUCGUCUUCCUACGAGCAGUGGCUGGGUUCUCUGUCCACGCAGCACCGGGAGCUGCUGGAGAGCAGGGGCGGCAGCCUCAGCCCCGCCCCCGGCCUCAUCGGCAGCAGCUUCACAGGCUCGGCGAGCAGCUUGGUCGACGGCAUGGCGUCCUCCUCUGCUUACCACGGGUUGGAGAUCUCAGCCAACCUGAGCGACGACAUGAAGGAGAUGACCAACUGUGUGCGGCAGGCCAUCCGCUCCUCAUCCCUGGAGAGGAAGUCCAGCAGGGAACUGGGCAGCCAGGUGAGUGCUCCCGGCCGAGUGAAGCCAGACACACCAACAAGACGUCACCCUCGCUUGCAGACGCUCGGCGUGUCCACCAGAGCCACUCAGACGGCCACCAAGUUGGUGAGCGUCGGCCUGCAGACCGACAUCCUUCCCAGCGGCCGGGGCCCUGGCCUGCACUCCAAAGCCUGGUCGCCUCGGCCCACUUCCAGCACCACGUCCCCGCUGGCCUCCGCCCGCUCCCGCCAGAUAUCCACCUCCCUGGACAAGGUCCACAGCCGGAUAGAGCGGCCGUGCUGCUCGCCCAAGUUUGGGUCCCCGAAGCUGCAACGCCGGGUGUCGUCAGGAUCCACCUCCAGGCUGGACGGAGCCUCUUCCAGGGAGCGCAGCGUGUGGAGCCUCCAGCAGAGACCCGGGGGCUCCGCCUGGGCGCGGUCCACCACCACCAGAGACAGCCCCGUCCUGAGCGGCCUCACCGACGGCCUGACCAGCCUCUUCAGCGUGGUGGAGCACUGUGGGAGCACGGAGUCUCUGUGGAAGAGUGACGGAGGAGCCAGUCAGACCGCCAGUCCCGCUCGAAGACCAGCUCCAGAGUCCAGCACGCAGCGAUAUGGAGGUCUGGUCCAGGAGUUCAUCAAGAACGGGGCCCUCGGCGUGAUCGGGGGGCUCAGCGGCACAGAGGAGCCCAAGACCGAAUGUUUGCCCGGUGUAGUCGGAGGUCUCAGCGCCCUGGCGGGAUUCACCGCCGGCAGCAGCGACAGCGUGACCAGGAUCGUGAACAAGCGCUUCAUGAGGCAGACGGCUGGCGAGGAGAUGGUCUCUAUUUUGGGGAGAGGGAAGGAGACGGUGACCAACGGCAGCGCUGAGGACGCACCGUGUGACUGCGCCGGCCAGGUGUCCUGCCACUCCAGAGCGUCUCGAGCCGCCGCCCGUCACCCGCUGGCUCACUGCAAGCAUCGCCAGCUGGAGUCCUCGUCGUCCAAUGAAGACAAGGGUGACAGCUGCACCGAGUGACGGCACUGCCACCGACACACAUCCUGCCACAGACGCGGCACACUGCCAAACAGUACCACACAACGCUUGCAUGCUGCACACACCAGAUGCGACCGAGGACACUGAAGGAAGGGACGGCGCAGGAGACACUGCUCAGCUGCUCUCAAUAGGAGCCGGUGCUGGAGACGCUGGCUGAGGACGCGCCUUCAACUGGACCUGAGCUCAGUCGCCACACUCGCCAACACUGGGAACAAAAUUCACCACAGGAAUCAAGUUUUCUUUUGUGUGUAAUGAUGAAUACGACCAUGUUCCAGAGCCGGAUUUCUGAGAUCUUACUUCCAGUCGCCAGAGAACGACGGGACUGACUGAAUUUUAGGGAACAGUGGGGAUUUUAAUUCCACAUGAAUCACAGAUUUGGGUUAGAAAUAAAACCUCUGUCUGAGUCGGUGCUUCAAGUUUGGCCCCCAAACCACUCAAUGAGUAAAUACACCUAGUUAGUGAAGAGACCACCCUGCUGUAAAUAUCCCACCAGGUUUUCUACGUCCACAUCCAAGUGCCUGUCGCCACCAACUGGACCCGACACACCAAGCCCGUCUCUUUAUUUGCACAUUGACUGCAGAGGUGUGGGCAGGACUUUUGUAUACAAACUAACUUAUGUGUUUAUAGUUCGGCGACUGACGUCUGCCCGAGUCGCUGCAUGCUGUUUUCCGAGCGCGUGCUCCAACAGUCUUUUUCUAACCGCCACCGCCGCGACGGGAAAAAUCUCUCAGACCAAACAGGAAUGGGACGUGACCGCACAACCUUACGAAUGUCAACUCGCAUCACGCUCACCGUCACAGGUCCGACCUGCAACAACAGAUCGAUGAAGACACACGAAAGCACAAGGGUCUGCGGGGGCUCACACCGAGACUGACCACGGAGGAGCAGACUCGUGUAGCAGGGGAGAACCGUCGUCUACCUCUUUGUCAUCCCACAGGUCUGAGGCGAGAGUAGCAGGCUGCGUUUCCUUUGUUCAGUGCCUUUUCUCGACCAAGAUGUCCGAGGAAAAGAGUCAUCUGGUUUACAUGAGUUUGUUUGGACAGAAAUAAUCCUGCGUCCAUCAGAUCAUUCCACAGCGGUCUAAACCGUUUCACGUGACACUGAGGUCACAUGAUCGAACCUGCCUCUGCCCGCCCCUCAGGUCACUUUCACACUCCCACCUCUGCUCACUAGUGUUUGGAACGUCACUGAAACUCCUUGAACUGUACACGUGUUGAACCUCUCUUGAUGGAACGCUGGCGCUGAAUGUCUUACAGCGGCUGCCGAGGUACAGUAGGUGGCGCUCACCACUCGGACAGUGGCUCUUCUGUAUAUAGAGGUGCAUUUUGAUGCCAACUGUGUGGAUUUUUUUUUAAAGGUCGGGGUUUGUUUUGUUUUUUUAAAUCUUGGUUUGGAUCUCUGACCACUGUAGCCUGUACAUGAUGUAACUGCCUCCUGUUUGUCAUAGAACGCACUAAUAAACGUCGCACACCCAGCUGGUCUCCGAGUCUCAUCAGAUUCAGUUCCUCACCUCGAGCUUUGGAGCAGUCCUGGAGGGGCUCAGCGUGGAACCAGCGAGAAGGAGCAGUCAUCCUCAACAGCCUCUGAAAGUUCCAAAAAUACAAAUUUAUCGUCCAACAUU